AAAAUCUGGAUAUCAUUUCCGCUGGACACCAUAUUCCCUUCUCAAUCCAUUCUUCGAAUACAUAGAGCAUCUGUAUUAUUCUUUUGCUUCAAGCAGAGUUCGUUAUCGCAGUAAUGGCUAUCUAUAGCGCUGUCCCGCCCCCUCCGGAGUUAACCAACACAGCGAACAAUUCAAGCAAUUCGAACCAAGGACAGCACCAAGAACAGCAUCAGCCGCCGAACUCGAAUCCAAUAACAGCAAGUUCAGCACCUGAUGGACUUGAUAUUGAAGCAUGGACGAUAUCUGCGCUCGAGUCCCUCAGCGUAUCUUCGAUCGCUCGCGGUAUCGGUGCCCCUCUAUCAAUCCCAUUAGAUGAGCAUGAGUCUACAAAAAAAACAUCAGUCAUCAUUCAAGAUCCUCGCUCUAAAUCUACUGUCAUCACACCGCCACCGCGUCCUCUAUCUCGUCGUGACAGUCAGCGCAGACGUGAGGCACUCUUAAAGGGCAAGGAGGGCAGCCGACAACGGCGGCGUUGGGAAAAUGACCGCCUCAUGCAUGUGCCCAACGCACAGCCUCCACAGCCUUUCGACUGGGAGCCGCGCCCGCUACACCCCGUAAACCAUGUGCCUUAUCAGAUCGCAGUCAUCUGGGACAAGCGUGUCCGCGCCGAAGUCGAGACGAAAUCGGACAUAGCGGCUCGUCGUAAGCAAAUGCAAACUAGGACACUAGGUGACGCCCACGUCGCUGGACGAGUGCCCCGCGAAUUGUUCCAACGUGCCAAGAAAAUCCCCGCCGUUAAGACUUGGGUUCGCUCGCUCGAGGAACCUGUCCGCCGAUACCUCGUCGAACAGGAGCUUGCGAAAGAGCCUCUGUCCUCAGAAAGUGAGGAUACCGAAGACGAGGAAAUCGUAUUCGUUGGUCGGGACGGUAAUACGCGGGAUGGCUGGAAGAAAGCAAAGCGAGAAAGCAAGGGUAAGACGGAGGAAGAGGGGAUGAUCUUUGAUGCCUUGGGUGAUGAUACCGAUAGUGCAUUCAGACGAUGGAUUACGCAUUCCAUUUCUGAUUAUUACGGCCUCAACUCUCGAUCGGUCUUCAUAGGCAACCCAAAGCGCAAGGUGGUAUAUGUACAAAUGAAGACCGGACACUCCCCACCACUACGACCAGACCUUCCGCGACCCCUCUGGGAGCUAUGCUGAUGAAGCUCUGCGGCUUCGGAACCCUCGUCCACUUCUUUCUUUCAUUCCCGUUUAUUGGGUUGCAGACAGCAUUAGUGUAGUAGAGUCGUACUCGGUCGAGACAGAUAUAGACUUGCAUAAGCAGACUUCCAACACAUAGCUGCAAGACCAAUUCCAGCUCAACUCUUACUUCUAGGAACGUUUCUGUUCCAUGCGUCUUAUAUAAUCAGUAAUGGCAGUGA